AUGGCCGCGGCAACCGACAGCAAACUCCCCACCCUUCCCGGCGGUUACAAUUAUCCUCCUCCCACUGUUCCUCCAAAGGCCGGCGCCCCUUACCUCGCAUCUUCUCAACUUCCAGAAAACUUCGUGUUCAUUAUUGUGGGUGCCGCUUUGGGUUUUGUGGCCCUACUCAUAUUUGCAUGGAGAAUUCUCAUGUCCUGGUCCAUCAAUCGCAGCUUUAAACGCGAUGCCAGUAGUGGUGUCGGAGUCGGCACCACCAGCUACACCCCUCUCCCAGACCUCAAGAAGAAUCCCACCUCACAGUCAGCACACGAUAUGGCCGAUCUGAAUAAACUACCAAAAUCAUUCUCAAGCGUGCCUAGUCUGUUCUUUUCUCCUACCGCCGAAGUUGCAAAGCAGUCUCAGCGUCCACUGAGUGGCCAACAUCUACCCGCUGGUCACUACCGUGACGCCGUGGAUUCCUACCGAAGAUGA